UAGGUAUUAAUGCAAAUAAACGCUUUGAGACACUGGUAAUAGCCUAAAAAUAUAAUCCCUGAACAUAACAUACAACUUCUUGACUUCGAUCCAUCAAGAUCUAGCAAAGUAAAGAAAUUUCCCCUUAGUUCCAAGCACGUUUGGCGGCCAUCUAUGAGAAAGGAGUAUAGAAUGUCUUCCUUUGAAAGUGACGCGGUCUAGACUCCAGCGAAGUAUAGAGUUUCUUCUUCUCACGCGUGGUGGUUGAUUGAAGAACGAACCAUAAGAAAGAGAAUCUCAUAGCAAAACAACCGCUAAAGAUUCAACAGGAAUAUAAUACAACAAAUGCUUUACAUCUAAUGGAGACCUGAAAAAUACCAAUAAAUGGAUUGUCUUGGAUGAAAGACAUCCCGCUUGAAGAUAAUACUCCGUCAGCAAUGUGCUACUAAGGUCACACUUUGGAUUCAAUUUGCACACUGUGUUGCUGAGUAUGGAAGAAGAAAACACAAGAAAACAAGAAAGCCCCAAGAAGAAGUGUCGAUACACGCCACGCGCGUUAUGGGUAUCCUUCAGUACCAUGUACGUCAACCUGUUAUCAAGGUGUUUUGGUGUGCUUGGAACAGUCAUUUCUCGCCAUCCAUUCCUGACUGUUGCUGUCGCUCUCGGUUUUGUUGGAGUUUGCUCAGGGGGCGUCUACUGGAUGAAGGUAGAAAACAGCGUCGAAAACCUCUUCAUCCCUCAAGACAGUCGCGCCAUUAAAGACAUGAAUAAAGUCAAGAUAAACUUUCCCAUGGAAAGCAGAAUAGAAACUGUUAUAUUUGAACCCAAAGAAUCUAGUCAAUACGUGCUGAGCAAAGCUUGUCUCCUUGACGUACUAGCUGUUCAUGAUGAAAUCAUUAACACCAAACCUUAUCAAGAACUAUGCCUUUCUCAACCAUCCACCUACAACUCUCCUUCAUUCUGUCUGUUCUUGAACCCUUUAGACAUAGUGCAGUUCAACCAGUCGCUUUUCUCAAAUGCUACACGGAAGUUUGAAGAAGCUUUCAGAAAUAAAGGGUUAAUGAUGCGUAAUGGACGUCCAUUUUGGUACAACAUGAGAAUGAUGUUUGGUGGACUGGACAUUGAUAGUGUGUCUGGAGAAAUAUCCAAGGUUGAUGCUCUACAAUUGCUGUAUUUUAUGAAAAACAGUGAUAAGGAGGACAAAAAGAUUAUGGAUUGGGAAAAGAAUGUGGUUGAGAAAAUAGAAAAGUUGAAAGAUAGUCUAUCAUGUAUGAAGGUAUACAUCAAUAUGCAAAGAAGCCUAGAUGAUGCCGUACAAGAAAGUGCAACAGGUGACAUUAGGCUAAUCACUGUCAGUUACAUAUUGUUGAUCUCGUUCGCUUGUAUCAUGCUGGGAAAGUUCAGAAAUCCUUUGACAGGACAUUCACUUCUUGCUAACAUCGGGAUCUUUGCGGUUUUUCUCGGGAUUAUCGCGGGAUUCGGGUUUACGAUGUUUGUUCGAACACCUUUUAUUAGUAUAGUUGGAGCUUUACCGUUUUUGAUUGUUGGUAUUGGAAUCGAUGAUAUGUUUAUUAUCAUAGAUGAACUGGAUCGCGUUGGACCACAACUAAGUGUAACUGAUACUGUUAAGGUUGUGAUGRCGAACUCUGGAGCAACCAUCACCAUGACAACUAUGACAGACYUCGUGGCUUUUGCUGUAAGCACGUGGUCUGAACUGCCAGCAAUACAAUAUUUCUGUCUGUACGCUGCCAUGGCGAUAUUCUUUGCAUAUUUAAUGAUAAUUACGUUCUUUGUUGCCAUGAUGACGUUUGACRUUCGUAGAGURAAAGCAGGACGUCGAGACUGCUUCCCAGUCUGUCGUGUUCCUCYUCCAAAAGAAGGUGCGCCAGCAUGGGACGAGCCUCGUACCCAGACCGCUAAUAAGUUAUUGACUGCAUGGGCUAAAAUACUGAUGAGAAGAGAAGUGAAGUGCAUUGUGGUGCUGAUUUCAUUGGGGCUUUUAGGUAGUGGUAUAUAUGGGGCCUUGAACAUCAGUGAAGAUUUUGAUACCAGAUUGUUGGCUGAAGAUGGCUCGCCGUUCAUAUUAUUCACAAACGCUCAGGACCGAUAUUUCCCGCCUAAGAUAGAAGUCAGUAUCAUACUUGAUGAGCAAGUCAACUACACGAGUCCAGAAACACAGAAAGAUAUUCUACACUUGUCAAAGAUAGCUUCACAGAACUCGUUCUAUGAAAACACAACUAUGUCUUGGAUGGAAACACUUGCUGCAUUCUCAAAGAAGAAAGGUUUGAGUCUAGAAGGAAAAAACUUGAUGCCAACAUUGAGAACAUUCCUAAACAUCCCAGCAUAUUCUCAUUUCAGGGAAGAUUUACGAUUAUCUGAAGAUAAAGGAACAGUCAAAGCGUCUCGUAUUCUUUGCUACAUCAAGAAAUCCUUGAAUUCGAUUGGUCAACGAGAUGCCAUGGUAACGCUGCGAGAAGACCUGGACAACAGGUCACCUCUUCCAGCGUAUCCAAUCUCCAAGGCGUUUAUUUACUUUGAACAGUAUGCCAUAACAUCCAAAGCAACAAUACGUAACUUAGUGAUCGCGUCUAUUGCUAUAUUACUGAUUACCAGCCCUUUCCUGGUAGAUUUUAGUGUGACUAUCUUGGUGUUCUUCGGGUUCGUAGCGUUGGUGUUCGAGCUGUUCGGGCUGAUGUACAUCUGGGGCUUAUCAUUACAUGGAGUGUCCAUGAUUAAUCUGAUUAUGGCCAUUGGAUUCGCUGUGGACUAUAGUGCGCAUAUUGCGCAUGCGUAUAUUAUGUCAUCCAAGAGUAGCGCCGAGGAGCGAGUGAUAGACGCCUUGAGGACUUUAGGUGCAAGUGUGUUGAUGGGAGGGGCAAGUACUUUCAUUGGAACGAUGACGUUGGCCUUCGCCUCGUCAGAAAUCUUCAGAAUCUUCUUCAAGAUGUUUUUGGGUAUUGUGUUACUUGGUCUUCUUCAUGGCCUUUGCUUUCUUCCUGUCUACCUCACUAUAUUCUGCCGUAGUUCGUCACUCAAAACACAUGAUGCUGCAAUCACGAUCGAGCCUGCUUUGGCUGAGUCACGUGAGUUAGCUGUCGUUACCCAGCAACCAUGUGACAACAAUAACGUCACAUCGUAUGAAAACCCAGUGGCAACAACUGAACAGAAUGCAGCCUAGCUACCAGACUCUUCCAGACAUUCCGACGGUUGAGGGAAAAAAUUGGUCGAGUGAGCAUUGGUUUGCAUUGCAUUGUGGGACUUCUGGGGGACAAAAUAGACACCAUUUUGGAAAUAUGUCCCCUUAACAGCCCUAUAAUGCACUGCAAUGCCAACCCUACCCAGCUUUUUCCUCAACCUCAGAAUGGACAAUAAAAAGUGCCAAAGCACUCGCUUAAAAACCCUCAUUUCUGAAAAACAAGCCUUUAUUCGUAAAAACGAAAUACAACCUUUAUUAUCUUUAAAUAAUAGUAUUAUUUUGACUUUUUUCUUUUUCGAAAUGCAACUUGUCUCAAAGAGAAAGUGUGGAUUAUUUUCAAAUAUUUAAACAUAUGAACAUUUGAAAUGACAGUCAAUCUUAUUUUUAGUUGAAAAUUUCGAAUCUAAAGCAAAUCUAAAAAGCUUUCUGUGAAUUUGACCAAUAUUGCUCGAGCAAUACGUUUUAAUUUAAGGAGUUUUAAAAACUUUGCAUGUCUAUUUACAUUGUUAAACGAAUGAAAUUCAAUAUUUAGUAGCCACGUAUCUAAAGAAAGCCUAAAUACGUUUUGUAUUGAUUUAUGUAGAUAAAUAUAUUUAACUGGGGAAAGCCAAUAACUCUAUGUAACUAUUAGCUUCUAUUAGCUAUUCCGAGGUCGAGGGAAAGACAGGGUCGAGUUGGCAUCGCAGUGCAUUGUGGAAAUAUUUUGGUCCCCUAAAGCAACCCCGGUUCACG